AUGGCCUCCCUUAGAAACCUCUUGGUUACCCUCUCCAUGGUGUCACUUAUGGCAUGUUUUGCCAAUGCGCAGCUUUCACCAAACUUUUAUGCCUCUUCGUGCCCUAAUCUCCAACUCAUUGUGCGUAACGCAAUGAGGGAAGCGAUUAACAGAGAGCUGCGCCUUGGAGCCUCUAUCCUCCGCUUGUUCUUCCACGACUGCUUCGUAAAUGGUUGUGAUGCAUCGAUACUUCUGGACGAUACCGCAACUUUCACGGGCGAGAAAAAUGCAGGCCCAAACCAAAAUUCAGCAAGAGGUUUUGAUGUGAUUGACACCAUUAAAACACGGGUUGAAGCCGCUUGUACUGGCACAGUAUCUUGUGCAGACAUCCUGGCGCUUGCAGCACGAGAUGGAGUUGUCUUGCUGGGAGGACCUACAUGGGCAGUCCCGUUGGGCCGAAGAGACGCAAGAACAGCGAGCCAGAGUGCCGCUAAUAGCCAAAUUCCAUCACCAUUCUCUAGCCUCUCAACCCUAAUCUCCAAUUUUGCUGCUAAAGGCCUAAAUGCUCGUGAUAUGACCGCGCUCUCUGGUGGCCACACCAUCGGCUUCUCACAGUGUUUUACGUUCAGAAGCCGUAUAUAUAAUGACACGAACAUUGCCCCAAUGUUUGCAGCCAAUCGCAGGGGCGUCUGCCCGGCUUCAGGUGGGGAUUCGAACUUGGCCCCCCUUGAUAUACAAAGCCCUAACCGGUUCGGCAACACCUACUACCAGAACCUUGUUAGUCAACGUGGGCUACUCCAUUCAGAUCAAGAGCUUUUCAAUGGUGGAUCACAAGAUGCAUUGGUUAGGCUUUACAGCACUAAUCCCACUGCUUUUUCUAAUGACUUUGCUGCUGCCAUGGUAAGAAUGGGCAAUAUAAGCCCCCUUACUGGAACAAAUGGAGAGAUAAGAAGAAGAUGCAGGGAAUCAAGGCCAUAUAUUAGCCAGCAGCAAGUCUAUGAGGCAGAGGCGAGGACCAUGAGGAAGGACAAGGCCAUUUAUGAUCGCUUGGUUGCCCUAGAGAAAAAUGAGACCCUAUAUGCCAAAGUCUGGGAACAUGCUACUCUCCUUGAAGAAUUUAAGGCCUUCAAGCCAAAUCCAGAGCUAGGGAAGAUGAUGAAGAUGGGAUGGAGAACGUCGGUUCAUGCCUCCAGUGUUCCCUUAUCCUCUAAGCUCUUUUCUCGUCAUGAUGCUUGGUGUACUUCUUCUUCUACUACGAUUCUGACAACCAAUCUCCCUUAA